GCGGUCGCGAAAUGUUUCAGCUCUAUUACGCAUAUUUUAUGAUUUAAUAAAAAAUCAUAUUAAUUAGUGCAAGGAUCAUUAAAAAACAUAAGAUGAUGGUAUAUGGCAUAGAUCAGUUAAUGCCAUCACCUCCCACUGUAGCUCUCGGACGAGAUUCCUUGAUGGGCUUACCGUGCGAACCAAUCAAUACAGUAGCUCCUAACAGUGGAACUGGUCAUGGCAAACGAAAACACGACGGCUCCGUGCAAUCAGAAUUAGCAGGGCUUACGCGGGAGGAACGCAGAAGAAGACGACGUGCCACAUUGAAAUACAGGACUGCACAUGCUACUCGGGAACGGAUUCGAGUCGAAGCAUUCAACGUUGCAUUUACCGAGCUAAGAAAACUGCUGCCAACGUUACCACCGGACAAAAAACUGUCGAAGAUUGAGAUUCUAAAACUUGCCAUUUGUUAUAUAGCUUACUUAAAUCACGUAUUAGAAGCAUAAUGUUACUUUAGUCUAUUUUGUGUGUUCAACAUGUUUCGAUUAUUUAUCGAAUGUAAAUAUGUACAUUUUACUUUAACAAAAUAAAUUUCAGUCCGCAUUGGUAUCAGGUGCAUUUCCUGACAAA